GCCAUUUCUAAGCCAAUAAUAAAAUAAAACGAUGUUAUCUUUGAUAGUUGAUAAUCGUCUUCUUAAACCUAAAGUUGCUCAUGAGAGGGAGGUCAGAGGUCAAGUGCAACUACACUUCCGUGAUGUAACAGGAAAAUCUGUUUUUGUAAAGCGAUCAUUGACAGCUACACAGAAGGGAAAGAAAGUUGAAAUGAAAACUUUAGAUGGAGUUAUAACACGACUGAAUGCAGCUGGUGAGAAACAGGGCAUCAUCUCUAAAAGUGCUGAUACUGACAGAGAGAUGAUUACCUCCCUUGGAGUGUCAAAACCUGUUCUGGAGAAUGUGAUAUUUUGUCAUCAGGAAGAUGCCAACUGGCCACUCGGUGAAGGAAAACAACUGAAAGAAAAGUUUGAUGCUUUGUUUGCUUCAACAAGAUAUGUGAAAGCUCUAGACAGCAUAAAGAAAACCAAAAAGGAACAGGAUGGCAAGUUAAAGGAAUACAAAAUUGAGCUUCAGUAUUUGAAUGAAAAUAAGAAAAAGGCCCAUCAGCUUCAGUGUGAUUUAACAGAGCAAGAGGCAAAACUGGAAGCUUCUAUAGAUUCUGUGAACAAAGUGAAAAAGCAGCUUAAACCUAAAGAGGAAAAGUUGAACAAAAUGGAUAAACAGUCAGCUGAAGUCUGUGACAUUCAAAACAAAAUCGACCAGUAUGGCAGUGAUAAGAAACUGAUUCAGAAGCAUGCUGCGGAACUUCAGGAACAGAUAGAAAAAAUAGUCCAAGGGCCUGAUGAAAAGUUGAAGAAGAUGUUGUCAGACUUUGAAAAAAAACUUACGGAGACAAAGAGAAAACUGCAGGAGUUUGAAGAGAAGCAGUCAUGUUUGAGCACACAAAAAGAGGAUGUAGAUGAAGGGAAAUCGGCUAUAUUGGUAGAACUUGGAAAACUAGAGCUAGAGGCAGAGCACCAUCAAGAAAAUGUAGUAAAGAGAGAUCAAAAGAUUAAACAGUAUGCAGAUGAAUAUAGUUUUGAAGGUUUAACAGGGGCCAUAACUGAUGAGAAGAACAAACUAUUCUUGAAGAGAAUUCAGGAUAAACGGGAGUCUAUGAUGGAGGAGACCAGACUGAAAAGGACUGAAUUUGAAGAGGAGGAGAAUGUGCUACAGCAGAAGAUUGAUGACUUGAGAGAUACCAAGACAAAGCUGGAACAGAAUGAGAAAAAUAAGAGGGACAUGGUGACAGUCAACCAAGACAAGAUUAAGGAGAUCAAGAAAAAGCUGAGUGCAGCUUCAGGUGGCAGACUGGAUCAGAUUAAGGGAGAACUGAAAAGACAUGAGCAUGACCUUCAGACCCAGGAGUCCUCGGUCAACACAGAUGAACGUAAGCAAGAAAUAUUAAAAUUGUCAAAGGAAAAGUUGAGGAUGGAGGCGAAAAUAAAUGACUGCAAUUCAGAGAUGAACAGACUUUAUUUACAGUCAAACACCCGAACAGAACUGGACUUGCUAAUGAAAGAUAAAGCUUCAAAGGAAGAGAACAUCAGAAAACUGAUAGACAAACAUAAAGUCACAGUCAAGCAUCUUCUUGUUAAUGCGCCAAGCAAAAAUAUCCAUGGUAAACUAGAAGAUUAUAUCAGUAACCAGAAUAAAGAUGUGAAGAAAUGUUCAGCUAAGCUGAAUCAGAUCACAAACAAAAUGUCAAAGAUGGAAACAGAGAGAAAAAUGAGCAUGGACCAACUUACGAAAAAAAAGGCAGAACUCAAAGGUAUAAAAGAGACAGUUUAUAAAGUGUGCGGCGAUCAGAACUUCGAUGAAAGGCUCUCAAAUAUACAAGAAAAAAUGGGGAAAGUCAGAGAUCAACGUGGGUCUUUGCUGGGUACUCAAGAUUUCUACAAGAAGUAUUCAAAGGAUUUAGAGAAAGAUGACCCAUGUUGUCCACUGUGUCACAGAGGUUUUGAUACACAACA